AUGCCAUCCCAACCUACCCAGCCCGACCAACCCUCGAAUUCGGGCAUCGUCACCGAUGGGGACAGCGGCCAGCGUCACAUUCCCGAAUCAGUACGUGCCGAUGGAAGUACCCGCAAAGCCAUAAAGAUCCGGCCCGGGUACCGCCCUCCCGAGGAUGUCGAGGUCUACAAAAACCGAACUGCUGAGGCAUUCCGUGAGCGCGGCCGCCGAGUGGGAAUCCCCGGGGCUGCUAGUACGGAGGAUACCCAACCCGCACAGCAGGCUUCUUCUUCGAACAAUAAGAACGCAAAGAGGCGCGAGGCCCGGCGGAAGGCCAAGGCUGCUGAUGGUGAAGGCGAAACAGAGGGCGCAACCAAGGACUCCGAAACUCAACCGAAGGCCGACGAGGUCGACCCCGAGGUCGAGAAGGAAAAGAAAGCCAGGAAUCUUAAGAAGAAGCUGAAGCAAGCCAAAGACCUGCAAAGCAAGAAGGAGGAGGGGGAGUCUUUGCUCCCUGAGCAGAUCGCAAAGGUUAUCAAAAUCAACGAGCUGGUGCGCGAGCUUGAGGCUCUUGGCUUCGAUGCAGAUGGGGAGCCACGGCAAAAGGGCGAUGAGGGUUCGGCCGGUAACGGCGACGACAAGAAGGAGUGA